AAGCAGCGCGAAGGCGUCAGACGGCCGCCGGAUCAUCCCCGCGCUCUCAGGCCACACCGACGGAUCUCAGCGCCGUUAACGGCUGAAGAGGAAGUCAACACGACCGGGAAGACGGCCUGAGCUACGACCAGUGAUGGAGAGCCUGCUGGAUAAUCCAAUGAAAGCCGUUCUUUACCUGAAGGAGCUCACCACCAUCGUCCAGAACCAGCAAAGCCUGAUCCAGACGCAGCGCCAGCGCAUCGACGAGCUCGAGCGCAAGGUCGAGGACCUGAUCGGAGAGAACCGCCAGCUGCGAGACCCCCAUCAGUACGUCCACCAGCCGAGCCAGCAGCAUCACCAUCACCACCACCACCCGACUCACCGCAGCGCCAGUCCCCAGGCGCCGGCGCGCCUCCAUCAGCACGCGGGCAGCAACAAAGCGGCGGCGCACCUGGUCCAGCAUCAGCAUCAACAUCAGCAGCAACAUCAGCAGCAGCAGCACUCCGUGCCGGCGCAGCCUCAGCAGCACCACGCUGCUCCUGCGCCGUCCUCCCAUCACCACCCGCAGCAGCUGCAGCUCAUCCCCACCUCCCCGCAGACGCAGAGAGCGGCUCCCAGCGCCGCGGAGCCCGUCGAGGAGGUCAAGAGAGGAGGCCCCUGCUGCAAGUCCCUGGUUCCGCAGACUCCCACCUCCCUGUGCCGCUCAGUGGGACUGGCCAGGAAAGCAGACAACCAAACAGUGCUCCACCAGUUCUGCUGCCCGGCUCCAGAAGCAGCUGAAGGCGAGACUUCGACCGCUUGUGUCCCCAGCGAUGACCUUUCUCCAGACUCGUCUGUGGGGGAGGAAGGGAAGGGAGGAGAGGGGGAGCCACAGAGUGAGGUCCAGACACAGCCACAGCCCCAUCAAGAGCAGAAAGGUUCGCCUGAGACGCAACCACCGGCUCAGCAGCAUCCUCAGUCUGAGCAGCAACCCCGGGCUCAACCUGAACCCGAAGCCAAACCUGAGCCAGAACCUGAACCAAAAGUCCAACCUACCCUGGAGCCUGAACCCCAGCCCCAAGUUGUGGCUCCAAGCGAGGAAGCAGCGCCGGAUACCCCUGACACUCCAGACACCCCUGAAGAGUCGACGCCUAGCGGAGAGGAGCCAAAGACCGGCGAAGAGGAGAAUCAAAAGACGGAAGUGGCUGAGACAAACUCAAAGCAAGAGGGAGAGGACGCGCAGGCCGAGCGCCAGGUGGGCGAGGCAGCGCAGGAGGAAGAGGAAGAAGAGGAAGGGGGAGGAGCAAAAGGAGGUGGGGCGGGAAGGAGAGCCAGCUUGCACCACACAGCCUCGCCUUUGAGGGUGCAGCGCAACGGCGUCGGCUCGCACUCCGCCACCUCCGACUACGAGCUCUCACUUGACCUCAAAAAUAAGCAGAUCGAAAUGCUAGAGCACAAAUACGGUGGCCACCUCAUCUCUCGCCGCGCUGCCUGCAAGAUCCAGACUGCCUUCCGCCAGUACCAGCUCAGUAAGAACUUUGAAAAGAUCCGAAAUUCUCUGCUGGAGAGCCGUCUUCCCCGGCGCAUCUCCCUGCGCAAGGUCCGUGUGCAAAAUACAGAGGGUUUCUCUGCUGAACGGGCGCUGGCAGAAGGCUGCAACCUGCCACCAAUCCCUCUGGUGCGCUCACCAUCUCUGCCUGCCACAGUUGGUGGCACCCUGACUGACCUGGAAGAUUCAUUCACGGAACAGGUCCAGUCAUUAGCCAAGUCCAUAGACGAUGCACUGAGCAACUGGAGCUUGAAGACCAUGUGCUCAUUGCAAGAAGGUGGCACAUAUAAGUUCAGUGCAGACUCCUUCAGCACACCAGCUGCCGGAGUUGCAGGUGGGGGAGAAGUUGCUGGUGUGCCACCGUCAACAAUUCCUCAAGUCCCAGUGGAGCCAAGUGAUUUAUCAAGAAGUGCAAGCAAGCUGAUGAUGGCUUUCCAUGAUGUGACGGUGCAGAUUGAUAGCCAGAACUUCCGUGUUUCAUCCUCAGUCAUGGAAUCGUCUACUUCCGUUUCCCUCAGCAGCUGUGUCCAAGAAGAAGGAGCCUCAGUCACUGUUACCUGUCCAACAACAAACUCUACUCCAGCCUUCAUUGCGCCUACCACAUCACAACAGCCAUCUCCUCCUUCUGCAGAAGUACCAGCUGAACCCCCACCACCGCCACAAGAACCUCCACCACCAGAACUGGAGAUAGAAGACGACGAGCAGGAUGUCGACUUCCCUGCUCCGCCUCCCAGUGAAGAAGAGUUGGGUGAGGAGGAGCAACCACUCCCAACACCCUUAGAUAAGAUGGCCACAUCUCAAAACCCUGAGGAGUUUGCAACUGUGUCACCACCACCACCACCUCCCACAGAACCACCCCAGGGACCGCUACCACAGCAAGCCACACUGCUGGGGAGCUCGGCUGUGAGAGAGCCACUUGAGGUUAAAAGGUCCGGUUCAGAGACUGCAGACAACAGCUCAGAGCAAAUGAGCAGCAGCAGCACAUCUACAGAGGCGCGCUCCACUUCUGAAGCCUCAUCAAAGGAGGCGCUGCAGGCCAUGAUCCUCAGCCUGCCACGUUACCACUGUGAGAACCCCACCAGCUGUAAGUCACCCACGUUGUCCACGGACGUCAUGAGGAAACGCCUCUAUCGCAUUGGCCUGAACCUGUUCAAUGUAAAUCCCGACAAGGGCCUUCAGUUUCUGAUUUCCAGGGGCUUCAUCCCUGACACGCCCAUAGGCGUGGCUCACUUUCUGCUGCAGAGGAAAGGCUUGAGUCGGCAGAUGAUCGGAGAGUUCCUCGGCAACAGCAAGAAGCCCUUCAACAGAGAAGUCCUCGAUUGUGUGGUGGAUGAGAUGGACUUCUCAGGUAUGGAGUUGGAUGAAGCACUGAGGAAAUUCCAGGCUCAUAUUCGGGUCCAGGGAGAAGCCCAGAAGGUGGAACGUCUGAUUGAAGCUUUCAGCCAACGAUACUGUAUGUGCAACCCGGAUGUGGUGCAGCAGUUUCACAACCCUGACACGAUCUUCAUCCUGGCCUUUGCCAUCAUCCUGCUCAACACCGACAUGUACAGUCCCAACAUUAAACCCGACCGCAAGAUGUUGUUAGAAGACUUCAUACGCAACCUUCGUGGUGUGGACGACGGAGCCGACAUCCCCAGGGACAUGGUGGUCGGAAUCUAUGAACGAAUACAACAGAGGGAGUUGCGCUCCAAUGAGGACCACGUUACCUACGUCUCCAAGGUUGAGCAGUCUAUCGUCGGCAUGAAAACGGUGCUUUCAGUCCCUCACAGAAGAUUAGUGUGUUGCAGUCGUCUUUUCGAGGUGACAGACGUGAACAAGGCCCAGAAGCAGGUGGCCCACCAGAGAGAAGUCUUCCUGUUCAAUGAUCUCGUCGUGAUCUUAAAGCUUUGUCCAAAGAAGAAGAGUUCUGCAGCCUACACGUUCUGCAAAGCCAUGGGCCUCCUCGGCAUGCAGUUCCAACUCUUUGAAAAUGAAUUCUACCCUCAUGGCAUCACCAUCCUCUCACCUUUUGGCUCAGACAAGAAGCAGGUACUUAACUUCUGUGCCCAAAGUGCUGAGGAGCUCUUAAAGUUUGUAGAAGACCUGAGGGAAUCGAUUGCUGAAGUGUCGGAAAUGGAACAGAUACGGAUUGAGUGGGAGCUGGAAAAACAGCAGGGAGCCAAGACGCACUCCGUAAAGAACGGCACCCAGCUAGAGCUGCGCGGAAAACACAGCUCCCCAUCAGGAAUCCAGGAGGUAGAAGACAGAAGUGGACACAACGCAGUGGAGGUGUCAAUUCACAACAGGCUUCAGACGUACCAGCUCAGCAGCAGCAACACGGCUCCGAGUCCCAGGAGUGCGGCCCUUUUUAACCACCAGGAAAAGCCGCUUUUCCAGCGGGGGCCCCAGGCGCCACCCCAGGGGCCUGUGCCGCCACCUCAGCACUUUCAGUCAGCGGCGAGCACCUCCGCCCACCACCUCCACUUCCCGCCGCAGCACCAGCCCGCCGUCAGCGUGGCUGACCUACGGCCCGAGGCGCUCAUCCAUUGUCAGCAGAUUGUCAAGGUCAUCGUGCUCGACAACAACGGCCACGGACGCGUGGAGGCCUUCCUCAGCCAGACGCCCACGCGCCACCACUACCAGCACCUCCCGCACCUCCACCACCACCACCUUAGCCAGUCAGCCACGUCCACGCCCAUCCACUCGCCAGACAGCUCACACGGCGGCGAUGGCCACCAGCCCCCGCUGCCUCCCCCACCUCCGCCUUACAAUCACCCCCACCAGUACAUCCCGCCCGACCCCCACCUCAGCAUACGCCGGACCUCAAGCGGCUCUCGGAGCAUGGUGUAAAUCGAACAAAGUAACUUUACACAUCUCCAAAACUAAGCCCCGCCCACUCACACUCACGUAAGCGUACAUAAUGUAAAUAUACAGAGAUAUAAUAGGAAAAAAAUACACAGAUAUGCAUAUAUUUAAGAAGAAUUAACAGAAUUAAAGUGCAUAUACAAAGUUUUUCUUGACUCCAUAUGUAUUUUGAAAUAUUACGUAGUUUUAACAAAUUUCUAUAACUUUUUGUCAGUUUUAACUCUUGCUAAG